AUGCCAACAUACGUCGUAACGGCUUCGAAAAAUGCCCUGUCGCCAGAGGCAAAACAGGCGCUGGCUCGAGUUAUCACCGCUACCCACUGCGAAGAUUCCAACAUUCCCUUUUAUCUAUGCCAGGUCGUGUUCCAAGAUGUUGAACCCACCCAGCAAUUUCUGAACGCGGAACCAGUAACCGUCGACCAAAUUUGGAUCCGUGGCGAUGUGAGGGCCGGCCGCUCAGAGGAGCAAAAGACGCGAAUUAUUGAACGCAUAGUCAAGGAGGGUAGCCAAGUGACUGGAGUUUCGGAGUCAAAGUUUUGGGUUUACCUUUGCGAUAUCCCCAGAAUGGCGGAAUAUGGACAAAUCUUGGGUCCCCCAGGCCAAGAAGCCGAGUUUAUUGCCAAUUUACCAGCGAACAUCGAGGCUUCCGCCCGCAAUAUUGGACAUGAAUUUGUGCACGGCCAUCACUUGACAGUGCUUCAUGCUGACUGUCAUCUCGACAUUGCUCUUCCUUGCAACUUCCCCUUCAACAGUCCGGGCGCGACCAAAUAUUCCUCUCUCGAUAAAGUCUACAGCCUCAUUCACAGCCAUGGAGAAGACUGCAAGUCGUUUGUCGAUGGCUACCUUGCCUUGUACCAGCCCGUGCAUCCCAUCAUCGACCCUGCUCUCUUCGCUGACGAGAUCAGUUGUUUCUGGGAGGACCCGACGCAGGUUGAUGUCUCCUGGCUAUCAUCAUAUCUCAUGGUUUUGGCGCUUGGAAGCUUCACAGUGACUCGAGAUGCAAGGUUAAUUGUCGAGUUUUGCCUGGCGGCCGAAGCCUGUCUGGCCAAAACGGCAUUCUUGGUCCGGCCAAGCAUGUCGGUGAUGCGGACCCUGUGUCUCAUUGUUGUCGUCAAACAGCUGGCCAACGGCACAUGUUGGUCUUAUGACGCAAGCUGGACACUGUUGGGUAUGAUUGUUCGCCUCGCUGUUUGUAUAGGUCUUCACAAGCCGCCGACUUCAACUCCUGCCGAGACAAACGCAGUGACUUACUCUGAAUGGCAAUCUGGCCGUAUCUUGUGGAUUACGAUAGUCUAUCUUUGCAUACAAACAGCAGCAGUUACCGGUAUGCCAACUCUCCUCUCCUCGGACGAUAUAUUGGAGGGAGCAGAUAUACAGGGUGCUUCGUUGUCUCAUGUCGAGGGAGUUGGCCCAUGGAUAUCGGUAAGCGAUGCGUUUCCAACAAUAUGCAAAAUCAUUGCGAGGGUCAAUUCCGGUACAAAAGUACCAUACGAGGAAAUACUGGGUUACAAUGCAACCAUCAGACGGCUGAUGGCUGCCGCUAUGGAUCACCCCGAGUGCAGCGACCCUUUGCGUGCCAUCCUGGACAUCUUCUUUCGCCGUGUCCUGAUGGUACUCCACCGCUGCCAUGCUCUGCUUCCCAAUGCUCCGGUAUUAUAUCCCAUCUGUUACUGGGCUUCUCUCGAGUGCAGUCUAGCCAUACUGGUUCAUCAUCGAGAUCUCUGCGAGCACCGUGGUGAUUCCGUCCAUCAGGAUAUAUUAGGCCGUCUAUACAAACUUGACUACUUCGCCGCGGCACUGACAGCCAGUCUUUAUUUAUUACAGAGAGACGCGCCACUUGCCAAUGGAUUCGCCAUACCGCCUCGACAGACGAUCCGCGAGACGUUGGAGACGUGCACUGAGAUAUGGGGCAGAGACAAGGACAGAUCCAUUUGCCUUCGUUCUGGCUACCGGACGUUGACACACAUUCUCGCCAUGCUGUCAGAAAUGGAUGGCAUGCCAGAUCAUGGACUGCCGCACUCAUCGGUGGCGUGUAUGUAA